UUCCCGCCUGAGGCGGUUACGGAAACGGAGAGACUCGAGACUGAAGCCAGCUUAUUCUAGACCCAAACAGGCGACUGAAGGCGAUGGGACCCACUGCCCUGGAUUCGGUAAGUCCCGGGUCUGACGGGUGAUCCGUAUGUUUCAGGUGAGGAGCAAAAGAAGGAAUCCAUCUAUGCGGUUCCAAAAUCUAAGGAUAAGUUGAUGGAGAAGCAUUCGCAGGAAACCAGGCAGGCAGACAGGGAGUCGGAGAAGCCUGUGGACAGCCUGCACCCGGGGUCCGCGACAGCCAAGCACCUGUCGCCGGCAGCUUCGCAGGAAGAGAAACCUGAUGUAAAGCAAAAGUCCAGCAGGAAGAAAGUGGUCGUUCCACAGAUCAUCAUCACGCGAGCGUCAAACGAGACGCUCACCAGCGGCAGUUCCAGCGGGAGUGACCAGCAGAGAACCAUUCGGGAGCAGGAGGACUGGGGCCCCUACCGGCGGCACAGGAACCCCAGCACAGCAGAUGCGUACAGUUCACAUCUCAAAGAAUAAACAAGCACCCUUGCAUGGCA